CUGAGAUGUGAUUUACGGCAAUACAAAAAAAAUGUCUUGGGCGCGUAUCCAUGGCAACAACUCCGUGUGUUGACGAUCAGAGGCAAGAUGGCGGAGGAAGAGAUAAUAUCGGCGCUUCCCAUAGCCACAGAGCAAAAGAAACGACGGGCUCCUAAAGCCCCAGAGCUUCCCAUCUUGGAGAGGAGGAACUGGCUCAUCCAUCUGCACUACAUCCGCAAAGACUAUGAAACCUGCAAGGCAAUCAUCAAAGACCAGCUGCAAGAGACCAAUGGAGUGUGUGAAUAUGCUAUAUAUGUUCAAGCACUAAUCUUGCGACUGGAGGGGAAGAUCCAGCAGUCCCUGGAGCUGUUCCAGAGCUGUGCCAUUCUCAAUCCCAGCAGCUCUGACAAUCUCAAGCAAGUGGCCAGAUCACUUUUUCUGCUGGGGAAGCACAAGGCAGCGAUUGAAGUCUAUCAUGAAGCUGCAAGACUCAAUGAGAAGGACUGGGAAAUCAACCACAAUCUGGGUGUGUGUUAUUCCUUUAUAAAAGACUUCAAAAAUGCUGAGGAGCAUCUAAACAUAGCACUGAGAUUGAACAAACACGACAGGGCUUUCAUGACACUGGGGAAGGUUCAUUUACUGGCUGGGGACACUGACAAGGCCAUUGAAGUAUACAAGAGUGCAGUGGAGUUCUCUCCUGAAAAUACCGAUCUGCUGACUACGCUUGGCCUGCUGUUUCUACAGCUUGGGAAAUACCAAAAAGCAUUUGAGCACCUUGGGAAUGCCCUUACUUAUGACCCUAACAACUAUACAGCCAUUCUAGCUGCAGGUAGUAUGAUGCAGACCCAUGGUGACUUUGAUGUGGCAAUGAACAAGUAUCGUGUGGCAGCUUGUGCUGUGCCCGAGAGCCCCCCUCUCUGGAACAACAUUGGCAUGUGCUUCUUUGGCAAAAAGAAAUAUGUGGCUGCCAUCAGCUGCCUGAAGCGGGCCCACUACUUGUCUCCAUUUGACUGGAAAGUGUUGUAUAACUUGGGCCUGGUACACCUUACCAUGCAGCAGUAUGCCUCUGCCUUCCAUUUCCUCAGUGCAGCCAUCAACCUAAACCCCCGCAUGGGGGAGCUCUACAUGUUAUUGGCAGUGGCCCUGACUAACCUGGAUGAUGUAGAGAAUGCCACAAGAUCAUAUGAACAAGCUGUGGCUCUUGACAAGACCAACCCUCUGGUCAACCUGAACUUUGCUGUCCUGCUGUACAAUCAUGGAGACAAGAAGGGAGCCCUGGAUCAGUACCAUGAAAUGGAGAGGCGAGUCAACUUGCUGAGAGAUAGCAGCAGUAAUAUUGAGUUUGAUCCUGAGCUGGUGGAUAUGGCUCAGAGGAUGGGGGCUGCCCUGCAGGUGGCAGAGAGUCUUGUAUGGACUAAACCAGCCAAAGACUCCAAGUCAAAACCUCUCUUAGCUGCCACCACCAAAACCCCUGGUGCUCCCCUUGGUACUAACCAGGCCCUGGGCCAAGCCAUGUCUUCUGCUGCCAGCUACAACAAGAACAUUGAGCUACAAACAGGAGCCACCAAAGCUCCCUCCAUGCCCCUUGAACCAGAGCCUGAUAUUGACAGCGCACCCAGCCCACCCAGUGAUCCACCUGGUUCCCCUGAACCUGAGGAGUCCCAAACCCCCAAACUCAAAGCCUCCAGGAGUAAGUCUAAAAUGGAGGAAGUAAAUUAGCUUGGAGCUUAGGAAACACAUCAGCUGCUUCAUCAUGGAUCACCAUCUCAUUAUGGAAGCAAAUGAAGGGUAAUGCACACCAAUCAAACUGUUUUUGGUGUUGCAGCUCAUAGCAUUAUGAGUUUUAGACAUACAGCCUUGAGCUGGGCUUUCAUUCUAUGUAGUUGUUGCAUAAUAGUCUUUAAUCUUACAAAGGAAAUGUAAAUGCAAAUUGAAAAAGGGGUGGGAAAGUUCAUACCUGUAUGUGCACUCCAGAUCAUCUAUGAAUAUUUAGUGUCAAAGACAUAAUUCAUUGCUUUUGGAAGAAUCACUGUAUUUUUGCUACAAGCCCAGUACAUUGAAGCAAAAGUGGAUACGACAAUCACAGUUGAAACCUGAAUGUAUAGGGGUAGCCAAAUUCAAAAUGCAUCAUUGGAUAUGGCUGAAUUGUAAGAGAGGACUCUUUUUUGAGUCUCAUUGAAUGUAAAUAGAGAUGCUAGCCUUGUGCUAUUAUGUGUGGAUUAAAUGUUUAUAGUUAUGUAUUUAUUGUUAUUAAAUUGAGUC